GUCUACAAGCUUUCGACUUGGUUAUAAUGAUAGAUAAAGGAUGGAGUACUUGAUUAUAUUACAAACGUCUAUGCGCGCCUAGUCACGUGUGCUCUUAUCCCCCGCAAUCGAACGUCAUCGGGCCGUGCCAGCCAACACCAUGGCCGCAACUUACGAUCUGCAGUUCACGCGCGGCAGGGUCCAUCCGAAAAGCAAAACAGGACAACCUGCGCGCUCUAUAACCGCUCCAAAUUUGCCUAGUGGAGUGGCCCUUCUGCUCUACUUGACAAAUAUAAAAUCUCGUGCCCGGUAUUUUCAGAAGGACGGAACGAAGUGUCACUUAAAUACAAAAUCUACCAGCAGGCACGCGACAUGGAGGAACAAGUUGAUCGUCUCGUGAAGAAGACGUGGGAAUCGUACCAGAAUGUCCCGCCCUCGAAGCGUCUCCUCAUCGCCGUGUCAGGGAUACCAGGCUCAGGGAAGACCACCCUCGCAGCUAUAGUGUCGAAUCGUCUGAAUGAGCUGCAUGCUCAACAAUCUCCAGGUACUUACAGCAGUAAUCCGCUUUCGGCCUUCUUGCCUAUGGAUGGUUACCAUCUCUCGAGGCGUCAGCUCGACGCCCUACCUGACCCUGUCUCUGCGCACGCUCGUCGUGGAGCCGAGUUCACGUUUGAUGGCGAGUCGUUCUUGAAACUCGUCAAGAAAUUACGGGAGCCAUUGUGCCCCGAAACACAGACGCUCUUCGCCCCGUCUUUUGACCAUGCUAUGAAAGAUCCAGUUGUUGACGACAUUGCCAUCGCACCUUCAAUCCGGAUUAUCAUAUUCGAGGGCAACUAUCUUUCCCUUGACAAGCCGCCUUGGAAGGAUGCUGCGGCCAUGAUGCAUGAGUUGUGGUUUGUGGAUGUGGAUAGAGAAGUAGCUAGGAAGCGUCUGAUCUAUCGACACGUCAGAGCAGGCAUCGCGGACACUGAGGAAAGCGCUGCGAGGAGAGCAGAUGAGAACGAUCUUGUGAAUGGCAAGGAGAUCAUCGAGAAUAGGCUGGAUGUGCAUGAAAUUGUAACCAGUAAGGAUGAUGAUGGCUGGAAGCCGGAAUAACAUGAUCGGUGAAACUGGAUUACCUGGCUGGUAUGCGUGAGCAUGUGAAUGGGUGCACAAUGUCUGCCAGGGUUGCAGGAUAUAGAGAAAGGCAGCGUUACAAAGCUUUUCCGCAACACUACUGGUAGAGAGCAGUCGUUCGGCUUCACCUGUCGUCCCGUAAUACGAGG